AUGACCGGCGCUGCUCAUGUUCUCGCUCGACACUCUCUUCACCUUUGUACCGCUUCUUCAUCAUCAUCAUCAUCAUCAUCAUCAUCAUCAUCAUCAUCGUCAUCUUUAAAAAAGAGUCGUUGUUCUCAAUAUCAUCAUCAUCAAUAUCAUCGACAACAAGGAAGAGAAGGAAAAGAAGGAGUCAAUAAUAAUAGAAAAAAAAGAAUGGUAUUACUUUCUCUCGUGGAAACUUCUCUCCUCGUGUCGUCGCAAUCGUCCAUGGUAUUCUCCGCCUUUGCGGCGCAAGAAGCUGCUGCCGCGGCGGGAUCAGAAAUAUCCCCUUUCGCUGGCGUGGUCGAUAUCGCCGCGUUAGGUUUACUCGCCGUUUUCGCCUACCUCGGGAACAAAAAGAGUUCCGAAAACGUGCAAUCGGAAAGACAAAAGACGAUAACGAACAUGCCGUCGAGGAGAAAUCGAACGCCACCGAAGUCGUCGAAACCUCCUAAGUGA